AUGAGUGCAAAUCCAGAAACACAAAAGGGCCACAUAGUUGGACCCCCUGAUUGCCCCACUCGCAACCAGCAACAUCAUGCUUGGUUCAAGGGAUGUCCAGUCAGACUGCAGAGGAUUUGGAAGACGAAGGGCAUCCCUCCUCCACCUGCAAGGCCUCGGCAACCAUCACCGCCCAGGAAACCUCCAAGCAACCCCAGGUUCGAUCCAAGAACGAACCUGCCUCCUGCACCACAAACCACUCAACCUUCCUCCACCCAACCUCCUCAAUCCCGGCACUACAUCUUCACCCCCUCACCUUCUCCUUACCGCCAAAUUCCCGCCCCUCUACCUCCUCCUCCUACGGAUAUUCCCCCAACCCCAACCCGUCAGGUCACCCCCGAAAGCUUGCAUCGCCGACGACGUCGAUUCCUGCUCGUGUCGAAGCAGGAACCCAGACAGAAGAAGACGCAGUUGAAGAAGAGAUGCAGAUAG